UCUUCUCCGUUCAUCUACUCACUGGUCUUGGCCGUGGACGAGGUCCUCUCUUGCCUGCAAGGGUCAUGGCAGGGCGACCCGACUUUGCCAACGUCAACACGAACGACACUGACGGGAUGAUGCUGACAAGUUGCACAGUUGUUUACGUCAAGACGGCUAAAGUCAAAGUGCGUGUUAUGUGUGUGUUCGCCACAUCAGACGACGGGUAACCUUAUUUGACAGCUUUCUCGUGUCGUGGGAAACACGGGAAAGGCUUUGGCAAGCAUGAAUGAUCAGACGAAUUUUUUUCUGUCAAGACUCCAAACCCUCAAAGCUCGAGGCAGUGUUCGACGAUCACUCAUGCGAUCCACGGCGAGAGCCCGAGGGAGAUCCCAGCCACCACAGCAAUGGGGCUCUCUGCGGGUCCGCGCAAGGGCACGUCAAAAGGGGGGAAAGGUUCGAGGCUCGAGGGUUCAGGUUGACCGCCGUCGUCGUCGUAGUGCGGCGUGCCUGACCGCCAGCCGUAUUGUUGUUUCGGGCGGCCACGGGCCUCAUGAAAGGAGAAUGAACCAGAACAACACGACGAGCUUCAUGGAUGGCCGGGCGGCUUCUCAGAAUUUCCACACGAUUUCUUCUGCCUGCCUUUCCCACAUCACGGGCUUUUCCUGCUUGGACCUCCCCCCGGCCCCAAAGCCAGCGCCUGGCUUUAGCAUCUGGGCAAGGUUCCCACCUUAUCUUCUUUCUUGAUGGGGAUCGCGGCUCGGGAAGCCUUGCCAUUCGCCAGCGC